AUGCUUAGUGCCCGUAACCCAGACGCCGUGGCAUUCUGUCGGGUGAUCAUCCUCCACAAAAAUAUCCUCGCGGCCGUCGUGCUCACUCAGACCCGAAUGUCCGGACCUGUUUCGGCGGGACAAACCGUACGCUUAGAGUGUCGCAUCCAGAACGAUAAUGUUGGAAUUUACAUGUCCUGGUACCGACAGCGCCGCGGGGAGAGACCAGAGUAUGUGUUAGAACAUUACCCAAGCAAUAAUAUAUAUCAUGGGCCAGGGAUCACAGACCGUUUUCAACCAUCCAGAGACACUUCCAGCAACAGUCAAAUCCUGAGCAUCAGCAGUUUGGGGCUCCUGGAUUUCGCCGUCUAUUACUGUGCAGCGUGGGAGAAUGGGAUUGUCUUCGGUCCAGGCACCAUCCUGGAUAUUAAGAGUAGCGAAUCCCGGCAGCCCUCAGUUCUCCUGCUCCUCCCCUCUCAGGAGGAGACCGGCUCAGGUAGGGCCACUCUCUUCUGUCUGGUGAGUGGUUUUAAGCCGGGCUUGGUAGCGCUACGCUGGAGCGUGGAUGGAUUCGAGACGGAGAGCGGGAUGACGACAGGCGCUGUGCCCCUGGACACCGACCAGACCUACAGGCUGAGCAGUUACCUGCGGGUUCCCGUCGCUGCCUGGAACAAGGGCUCGAGCUAUUCCUGCAGCGUGAGUCACAGCUCGCUGAGCUCGCCGCUGCGCAACACCAUCUCUUCGUCCGCCUGUGCGCAGUGA